AUGUCGAGCUGCUUCAACCCCACAGCGAGAAGAAUUGGUGAAACCUUCGCCUACUGUCUACUAUUUGUUGUGUCGCUGGCUGCGAAUACCUUCAUUGGAAUAAUUGUCUAUAGGACGAAAACUCUGAGAACACCAAUCAACAUUUUGAUUGUCAACAUGGCACUCUCCGAUCUGUUGUACCCGAUUUUCAGCUUUCCUCGAAUUCUUGUACUAUUAAACACGGCCGGCCACUGGCUGGUUGGCGGUCCCUUUGGCCAAGCGGUGUGUAAACUAAGUCUAUUCACUAGAGAUGUCUCAACUCUAGUUUCAGUUCAGAGCCUGUUGUUGAUCGCAGUGGAUCGAUUUGUAGCUGUAGUAUUUCCUCUCCGUUCCCCUCUGAUCAGUUCAAAGCAGUGCCGGUACUUCAUUCUCGUCAUUUGGAUCAUCGCCAUGGCAGUCCAUUGUCCAUAUUUGAUCGCCCUUAAAGUUGUCGAGUAUCCAGAGGGGCUGUUUUGUCAGUGGCAGUGGAAUGACAUCUUUGGAGAGUCCCUAUCGCAGCAAACCUACACACUGGGAUUGAUCCUUGUUGUCUGCUACGUCCCUUUGGUUUUGAUUGCCAUACUUUAUUUUGCCAUUGCCUUAAGAAUUAAAUCGCAGAAGCCUCCAGGGAAGCAAUCAACUAACGCAAGAGAACGGCGUUUGAAGAAAGAAAGAAAUGUUCUUAAUAUGUCCGUUGCCAUUGUCAUGGUGUUCGCCGUAUGCUGGUUGCCACUCAUCAUCUACCUCUUGCUGUCCCUUUAUUCAUCAAACAUAGCUAUAUGGUCAUCUUGUGGCAUGCAAUACUUUGAAACUAUUGCCUUUCUUCUGGCGUGCUCGUACUGUGCUGUAAAUCCUUGCAUAUGUUUUAUCUUCAGUGGUAAUUAUCGUCAAGGUCUCAAGAAUCUCAUCGGUUGUUUUCCUACAGGCGAAGCUGCUUAGUUAUCGUUUUCUCCCCAGCCUUCUGCAUGCUGUUUGGAUUUAUCCGCGCAUUGAUGUGGCUGAACAUGCCCACCAGUUCUUUAUCCCUAUUUAUAGAGAAUUUGAGCAGAGACGUUUUUGAGACACGGGCGGCAACAGGAGAAAAAAUGGAACUAAAUCUGGCGCGAUUUGACGCUAAUUCAUCGACCGCAAGAAAUAAGAACUUUUAACUUGCGGCUGCCGUCCGCGUCUGCCGUUGAUGCUUAAGCUCCCUAAUAACUACUCUAACGAAGUAGCUGGUGCGGCCUAACCCAUCCAUCAACUGAUUUACUGUUUAGUGACAGUAAACUUUCCACAUUUUACAACUCUGGUCAUCUUUUUCUGACUUGCUGAAACUGUUCGUAAUCCCUUUUAGAAGAGCCUCGCUAUAUUGCUUCUGAAAUUUUUGACUUGGCACCCGAAAAAAGACAGCCAGUAGGUAUUUUCAAUUGGUCAGGGAAUACUGUAAACGUUGUAGCAGUAACGCGUUAUUAAUUAAAUAAGAAGCUUUAGAGUUGGAGUUAAUCAGAAAGGGAACUGUAAACGUUGUAGUGGCAAAGUGUAAUAAAUUAAAGAAGAAGCUUUGGCGUUGGAGUCUAACGGUUAACCCAAUCGAGAGCCUCUAUUAAAUAUUUCCUUACAAUCUCGAAAUUCACUGCCUAUGGUACAUUUUCGUGUAUUGUUAUUAUCUAUCAUUUUGUAGCGAAAUAAACUAAAUACUUGCUGAAAAUGAAAAAUAUCAAAUAAGCGCCCUUCUCGAAUAAGCGCUCACUCUGAAGGUCUCAAAAUGUAUUAAGCGCCUAAGGCGUUUACUCGAAUAAAUAAGGCGAUCCUUGUUUUACGCACAUGCACGACGUCGAUUUAACCACGAACUUAUAUGAGAAUUCAUUGUCGGCGGAAAACUGCGAUCCCUGCGAUCCCUGAUAGAUUAUACUGAUGUUUUGAAAGUGACUUUCAUUACUAAGAGUUUUGCUAGAAUGCAGCUUUUAACAGGCUAAGCCCAAACACUAAAAGUAAAGAGUGCUUCAUCAUGCUUCAGAGUGAUAAUCUCUCAGUGGUUUUAUUUUGUCUUAAAAGUGUCCCGUGGACUGGUAACGAAUUAGCGGGUGAUAACGUUGAAAACUGUCAAACUUUCUUCUAGAUUUGUCCUACUUCAGGCUCCACCAUAGUUGCCGACGUGUCUUCACAGUUUUCUACGUCACAGCUAUGUAAUAUGAUCGCUUUUGCCGCGCGCUUCAUGGCGAUACUUUUUAGGCGCCAAAUCGUACUUUCAAUGCACAUAAAAUUGGUCAAGGAGAACUCGCUAGGCGCUAAGGUCGAUUAUUUCUAACUUUAAAAACAGCUAUUAACCGGAAAAUGCAAAAAAAAAUUUCGCGUCACAGGCACUUUAAGACAUGAUCCAUGACAACAAACCCAAACAAUUUAAAAAUUCAAACAUCCCUUUUACAAUUUCUUUUUUCACCUGCCAAAAUGAGUUAAAGAAUUCUAGGUAAUUAGGGUUAAAGUGCUCAUGACACGAAAUUUUUUUGGCGUAAAUCUUUAGCUUAUUAUGUGUACGAACCAAUUCCCAUAAAAGAAAAAUUUCAAAAAAAUUAGAACUCGUUUUUUUCAGGCCCUAAAGCGCUUUUAUUUUGUCUUAAAAGUGUCCCGUGGACUGGUAACGAAUUAGCGGGUGAUAACGUAGAAAACUGUGAAACUUUCUACUAGAUUUCUCCUUCUUUCCGGCUCCACCAGAGUUGCCGACGGCAAUUUUAAAAAUAGCUAUUAACUGGAAACAACAACAAACCCAAAUAAAGACCUAAAAUAAUUGGUUUCAGUGUGCAUCAUCAAAAUAAAAUAUUCAAAUUUUCACAUCACUUCCACAGCAAGCGGUAAUACAAAUAGAGGUGUUUGUGACUUCCAUAAGAUAAUACUUGACUUUAACGGUGACUGAAGAACGCGUCUUCGAAAUGUCCACGAACUUGAGCGCAACAAUGAAUGCAACUCUGCUGUGUCAAUUCAGAGCCUUGUGCGCAUAGCAGUGGAUCGAUUUGUAGCUGUGGUAUUUCCCCUCAGUUCCCCGCUCUUCAGUUCAAAAUUGUACCGCUUCUUUAUUCUCGCCACGUGGAUCAUCGCCAUGGCUACAUUCAUCCCGUAUCUGCUCGCGUUCAAGCUGGUCGAAUAUGAUCAUGAGUACAAGUGUGUGCGGCAAUGGAUGCGUGUUUUUGACGAUUCCUCGUCGGUGACAAAAUACUUUAUGGCACUUUAUAUUCCCUUCGUUCUGAUGUUUAUUCUAUAUCUUGCGAUUUUUUUGAAACUGAAGUCCCAGAGAGGACCAGGCGAACACUCAAUGAACGCUCAAAUUCAGCGCUUGAGAAGGGAGAGAAAUGCGCUGAAGCUUUCCAUUGCUAUUGUGUUAGGGUUUGCUGUAUGCUGGAUUCCAUUCAGUAUUUUUGCAUUAGUACGUAUGUUUGCAGAUGAAAACAAUGCUACAAUGUCCUGUGGAUUCAAACAGUUAUUAGAGCAAGUUGCUCUGCUACUGAGUCGAACAAAUAGCGCUAUGAACCCCUGCAUCUGUUUUAUUUUCAGUGGAAACUAUCGCCAAGGUCUUAACAAUCUCCUCGGCUGCUGA